AUGACAAACAUCUUUGUUUUGGUUUGCUUGGUGCUUGGCAGCUCUGACGUUGCGCUAGGAUUCGGUUCACGAGUACUCUCAACAACUCGACCGACGAAUCUCGAGUCGUCUCCUGUUCAUCGCUCGCUUCAAAUAUUGGGAACACAAGACAGAAAAGAUCAUCGACAGUGCUGGGGUCAACGAAGAAAUGAGGCAUUGUCUGCAUCAUCGUCUGACGACGAAGCAAUCUCCAACAAUGAUAACUCUACUUCAAAAGAAAGAACGUCGGCGUCCGAUGGCUUGGGUGUAGAAGGUAUACCAGAUUCCUCCAUGGACUGUUGUGGAUCUGAGCCAGUAGAUUUCCUUGUCCCCCCAGUUAAUGCUACAAACACGGAAUUUGAAUCAUCGAGCGAUAACACUAUUCUUGGAAGUGAAGAAGAAAUAGUUUCGACGAGCAGUGCUAUUGGCACAAACGACGAAGAUUCAUCCAAUACACUAAAAGUAUGGCCGUGUUUUGAUCAAUUGGAUAAGGAUUUGAUUAAGAUCUCUCUGCCUGUGAUUGGAAACUUUGCCAUCAAUCCGUUGAUUGGAGCUGUCGACUUGUUUUGGGUCAAUCGGAUGGGGAAUGCUUUGGCCGUAGCAGGGCAAGCAGCAGCGAAUCAAAUCUUCAGUUCAGCAUUUUGGUUUACUUCGUUUCUUCCCAGUAUCACGGCAACGUUGGUGUCCAAACAGCAUGCUAAAGGUGACAAGGAAGGCACACAAGAUGCUGUGUGUCAAGCUUUAUUUGUCGGAUUUUUUAUUGCGAUGAUUGGUACACCACUCAUGUUCUUUAAUCCGGAUAGGGCCUUGAGUGCGGUUCUUUCCAAGGGUGCACCCGCUUUGGAAUAUGCCCGACCUUAUCUUCUCAUUCGAUCGUUUGCCUUUUUGCCUUCCAUGUUUUCGCUGGUUGGGUUUUCGGCGUUUCGAGGAAUCAUGGACACGCAGACGCCCGUCAAAAUCUCAGCCUUCGCCAAUAUUUUCAAUGCCAUCCUCGAUCCUAUUCUUAUCUUUUCACUGGCGAUGGGAGUCCCAGGAGCUGCCUUGGCGACGCUCGGUGCUGAAGUCAUCUCGGCUAUUGUUUACAUGACCUUGUUGCGGAAGAAGCAAUUGAUCAAAUGGCGCAAGCUUAUCAAGCUACCUUCGUGGAAGUCGCUUGAACCAUUGCUCAAGGGUGGUCUUGCAUUGCAGCUACGAAACUUGUCUUUAAAUCUUACGUUUCUUGCUGUAACACGCGUCACUCAAGCUAUUGACAAAACUGGUGUGGCUGCAGCAGCCCAUGCCAUGGCGAUUCAAACCUUCCAAAUUGGGGGUGUAGUUUUGUUGGCACUUUCAACUGUAGCCCAAACGGUCGUACCAAACGCCAUGGUUGAACGAUUCGAUGAGAAAUCGCAAAAGAAAGUUGGAGGAAUGAAGUAUGCAAAGGCCAUGGUGAAUCGGUUAAUGAGCUGGGGUUUUGUGUUAGGAUGUGUUCUCGGCGGUGCACAGUUGAUGCUGCUCCCAGCCAUCCGCAAAGCAUCGCCACUCCAAGAAGUCCGUAAUGCUGCGAUGCUGCCUGCAAUCAUAGGUAGCGUUUUGCAGGUCAUCAAUGGACUCGUUUUCAUCGGUGAAGGAGUCAUGAUCGGGACCGGUUCUUUUUUGCAACUCUCGUUGAGUACAGUCGUGGCGACUGCUGGUUGUCUAUGGGGUCUAAAAGUACUCCCUCCCAAAUUUGGACUUGGUGGCGUGUGGCUCAGUUUUGUAGUCUUCAAUUUUUUGCGAUUGGCUGGUGUCUGGCUCCAUCAAGCCAGAAAUGGUCCACUUGCAAAGAGAAAUAUAGAUGUGAAAGCAGCUACUAGCUAA